UAACUAGGGAACAAAAAAUGUUGAAGUAACAUAUAAAGAAUACAAUGUAACAAUCAUAUUAAUAUUUGUGUUUUUGAAUUUUAAUAACAAAAUGUGUGUGGAAAAUCAGGAAUUGAAUUGUUUAAUCAAAAAACUACAAACAUGUUCAGAGGAUACAGUUAUUCUCAGAGAAUUGAUCAAUUUUGCUUCAUCACAUAAAAAGUCAUGGAAUGAUGAAAAUUUGAAACAAUUGCAACCAGCACUUACAUAUAUUCUUGAAAUAUUUAUUAUAAAUACAGAAACUGGAAGAGAUAGAGUAUUAUUAGCUUCUCACACAUUUUUUGCUUUACUAUCAAUGCAACCUACUUUGAUUAAUGUAAAAAAUAACAUCAGUAAUUUUUUACAACACGAACUUAAUGAGUUAUGCUUUUAUUAUAAGAAAUAUAAUAUUGCUGAACCCAAUUUGUUCAAAUUAACAUGUGCCUAUGGAUACUUACAAGUUAAUCGUAAAGAAAUGUAUUCCAAUGAUGUUUGUCUUCUCAUUUUUGAUAAUGUAUUUGAACACUGUAUAAAGUAUACUAAAUACUCUUACUUUGCAUAUAAAAUACUGUACAUGUGGUUACAAAGAACUAUGAAUACAAAUUUCUGGGACACAUGUGACUUACUAUUAGAGCAAAAAUUAGAAGCAAUUAUUUUUUCAAACUGGUGUAAUGCCAUCAAUGAAAUAAGUAAACAAAACUCGACGCUUAUUUUUAAAAUGUACCUGAAGAUUAUGAAGAAAAAAUAUGAUGGUUAUUUAGAAUUCCUAUUUAGACACUGUGUAGAUAAGAUUUCUUGGCAAAAUGAAAUAAAGUAUGAUAUAAUCACAGAAGUUUGUGAGAUUUCGGACAAUACUAAAGUUAUGAUAUCUCAUAAUUUUUUACUUUCCCUAUGUACCAGCUUAACAAAGUAUUAUUUACGUUCAGGAGGUACAAAAGUUUAUCUUGCAAUAGUAAAAAAAUUAAACGAAAAUGAAUGGAAAGAAGCAUUUGGAGAUGUAAUGAAUUAUCUUUUUCAUAACUGGGAAUCAACCGAAACUGAAAAUUAUAAUGCCCUUCAGUUACUUUGCAAACACUGGCUUGAACCAGUUAUUAAAAUGCAUGGAAAUAUAUUGAAAUACUUAUGGUCUUUGAUAGAAGAUAUAAAAGGACAUUUUCUUCGUUCACAUUUCCAAAGAAUGGCUAAUGAAAUGCACAUUGAUCUUCCACAACAAGCAAAAAUUGAAUGCUAUAUAAAUCAUAAGAAUGAGGUUGUGAGAUUAAAUGGAUUUGCAAUAAGCUGUUAUCAAGUAAUUAACUUUUAUAAUGAAUAUAAUGAUCAGUUUUUCACAAUCAGAAGUUUCUUAUGGUACAAUGCGAAUAGUACAUCAGUUUGUAUGAGAGAUGGAAUUAUUAAAUAUUUUCAAAUAUUUUAUGCUAAUAUUAUAAAAAUGUAUGAUAAUAACCCAGAAAGUAUAAAUGAUGUACACUAUAUUAUACAUUGGUUACAUGAAUUUUUGUUGGAUUGUUUCGAAAUUGGUUCUUGUUACCAACGAAAAAUUGUUGGUUUAAAUCUGUACAGAGUCAUACUUUCUUACACCAAUAUACACACAGUGACUAAGUUCAAGAAUAUUGAAAAUACUUCUUACAUUGCAUUAGUGGAGAAACAUUUAAAAAUGACUAAAGAUUGGAAUUUCAUAAACAGAAAAAGUUUAUUUGCUUUAUUAAGACUUGUAUUGGACUCUGCAUUUGAUAUCAAGCAACUAGCUACUUCAGUUAUUCUUGAUUACUUUGAUAAAGAUAUUUUGCUUGAUAUGGAGAAACAAAUGUUAUACCACAUUGCAUUAAAGCAUUGUAAUUCUUCUAAGUUCUACGAAAUUGAAAGUGGUGCAGCUCUUAUAAAGAUUUUAGCUACUUGGUUCCCUUUAAAUUCUUUACUUGAUAAGACUGAAUAUAAAAACUGUAAUAAUAUUGUUUAUCUACAAUACUCAGAUUUUUUAUUCACUGAAGCUUCAAGUCAGUUGAUUCAAAUGAAAGAAGAUAUGUUAAAAGCAAUUAUUCAGAACAAACCAUUUUAUGGUGUAUUAUCUGCUUUACUAAGCAUUGUUUUUCAAAACGGUCCCGAAAAUAUUUGCUUAACUUUAGAAUUUAUUGAAAAAAUACUAUUUCUAUUAGAAGAUGCAACUGAUUUCUUUUUGUCUGUAAUCUCUUCAAAAUCUGAGAACAAAGAAUAUUCAUCUUCAUUUGCCGAAAUGGGAUUAGCGAUUGAUGAAAUUAUUAAGAAUAGUGAAGUAGACAAUAUUAAUUAUGAUGAAUUGAAUUUAUCUCCUGCACAUCAGGUUCUCAUUUCUUGUAUUUGGAUGUCUUUGAAGGUGUCCUGUGAAAUAGCUUGUGAAAUAGGAUCAUUAAUGUAUUCUGAUGAAAUAGUGAAACGUUCUACUAAUAUUAUAGUUGCAGUGUUACUAAGGUGUAGACAUAAAGGUGUAGUAGAGGCUGCAGGUACAGCAGUAGGACAGUUAACCAGAUGUUUAUGCAAAGAAAAUAAAUAUUCUGAUUUAUUAAAAACGCACAUACUGCGUAUACUUGAAAAUGAUACUACAAUACAUUCUUUAAAUAUUACCAGAAGGGGUGCUGGUUUAUCAAUAAUGUUUCAUAGAAUUGUUGUUGGGGAUAAUCGCAGAGACAGACCUCUUUUACAUUUUGCUGUACAAAAAUUGUUAGACUUGUUAGAUAAUACUUCAGAUGAUUUUAUAAUACAUUUGGAAUUUCAACAUGAUUCUCCAGUAGCAAGACACUUGCAUUUCUUACGGGCUCUGGUAGCCAAUAAAGAGAUACAUGCACAGUUGACUCCUUAUAUGGAAAGAAUUUCAUUAACUUGUUUUAAAUAUUUGGAAUCCGAAACAUGGACAAUAAGAAAUGCCAGUCUACAACUGUUUGGUGCAAUAGUUCCAAGGUUGGUGGGUCAGAGUUAUGGAGAUACAUUGGAUUUUGGAAAUGGUUAUUCGAUUAAUCAUUUUAUUACACAUUAUCCAGUACUUACUGAUUACAUUACGAAAGAAUUGCAAAGAUUUUCGAAAGAAUUUUUUAAAUUUUCUACUGCAUUAUAUUCGCAUUCAAGCAUCGUCCAUAUACUUAUACUCCUUUCAAAAUUUUCAAAUAGUGGCUGCCAAUUAAUCGAUUAUCCUGCACAAUAUUUUAUAUUCAAAACAAAACGUUUACUUCAUAUACUGUUUCAAAAUCCUGUUUUGUAUGUUAGACGCUUAGCUGCAAAAGCAUAUGCAGCAUUAACAGAACAUUUAGAAAUUGCAUUGGAGAUUGAAAAAUUACGAUGUACUCUUUCUUUGUAUCCGAACGUCAAUGUAAUUCACGGUCAUUUAUUAACAAUACAAUAUUUAAAAGAAAAAUUGGCUACUGAAAUUGAAUGCCUAAAUUCGUGUUCAAAUGUUAUACAAUGUACGGAUAAUAAAUUGAAGCCGCGUAUAGAAUUAUUACGCUUCCGUAGAAUAUUACAAAUUUGGAAUAAUUUAUCUAAAGAAGAAAGUAAUUCACAAAUAUGUUACGUUUUAGAGACACUAUUUCUGCAAUUAAAAGAGUCCAAUUUUGAUGAAAUGUUUACCACAGAUGUAUUUACCUUCAAUGAAAACAUGUCGGUUUUCGGUUCUGAAAAAGUAAAGCCGGGAUUUUUUCAGUUUAUUGACGUUUCAACAAAAUUGUAUGCCGAAUAUCUUAAUCGUACAAAUAAAAUUAAUAAUGAUACUGUACAUAAAAUUCUGAACUCUCACUGUGUCGAUCAAACCAUCUCUUUUUUAAAUCAUGUAUCACCGAGUAUACCAAUUUUACAGAUAGUUUUUAAACACUUAUUAAACAUGAAUGAACACGAUUGCAAUGAAUUACUUUUAAAUGUAAUGGUAAAUUAUGCUUUGAAAACUUUAAGGAGGUGGCCAUCAUUAGAUACAAAUGAAUUAAAUAUUGAGAAAACAUUAGAAAAAAUGUUUGUUGAAACAAAAGAGAUUGUAACAAAUUCUCGACUGUGGAAUUUAAAGUGUAUAAUAACUAUUCUAUUCUCUAAAAACGAAGCGCUUAUAGCUAAGAUUUUGUUAUGUGCCCUUAAUUUAUGCAUUCAUGAGGAAGAACAUAUGAGGAACAUAGCAGUUGAACUUGUGCAGUAUUCAGUUUAUCGCUUUACGGAUUUAACUAACAAGAAUAAAUUAACGAUUUUACAGUGUUGUUUAAUUUUAUUAAAAGAUGAAAUUUUCGAAAUACGUAAAGCCAUCGCAGAAAGUUUGAGGACACAUGUUCUACAAAAAAUGAACGUGGAAUUUAGUAAUUUAGAACAUGAUGAAUGUAUAUAUCAAAAAUUAUUAUCUGAAGUGAUGUGUUCUGAAUUAACGAGUAAAGAUAUGAAUCUACUUUUUGUAAAACUGUUCACACGUGAUAUUAAGAAUUUCAACGUUAAUGCGACAGUUGAAAAUCCUUUCUGCCACGAUGAUAAUCCUUCUUAUAAAGAAGAAACAAAAUUUCUAAACUUCUGUUUUUAUUACACACAACAAAAAAAAUACAGACAUAGUAGGUGUUCUACAAUAUGUAACAGAAUGGAAUCUGAUGAUGAAAACAUUAUCAACGUUCUGACUAAAGCGGAAAUAAAACACCAGCUUCAAAAUAAAUAUUUCGACGACACUAAUUUGGAAAUUGUUUUGAAUACUAAAUAUGUAGAUUAUUUAUUAAGAAAACAAGAACUUGUAAUACAAGAAUGCAGUUAAUACUAGUGAUAAUAAUAUUAUGUCUAUUGUAAUUAAGUAAAUGAUAAGUAAUAAUAAAUAUUUUGUAACUGAGAAAUAAUAAUUCUUGCAGAGGAAUCUCAAAAUAAAAGCAUUCUAACCCAUCAAAGUAUGCAAUAGGUAUUUAAUAGUCCUGAAUAAAUACAUCUGUACACUUUACGAUCACAUAAAUGUGUACACAUUCACAAUAAUUAUAACUUCAUAUUUACAUUAUGCUACAUUAAUUGUAUCAGAAUAUUAGAAAAUUUUGAAAGAUCAUAGAAUAUAUAUUAUUAUACAUUGCGAAAUUUUCAUUUUUCAAUGUAUUCACUCUUUACAUGGUAAUAUAUGUAUAUUUCUUUAUAUCUACAGCUUACAUCUUAUACCAUAAUGUGAUAUCAAAUACGGUAAAUUUAUUUUAUCGUGCUGUUUUAAAAAAUUUAAUUUUUCUGUUUAAGCUAAAAAUGUUGUUAGCUAUGUAAAGAAAAGUUACAUGAUAAUAUAAAUGUAUUCUGUUUACCUUACGCGAACAAAUUUGAUUAGAUAUAAAAUUACAAAAAUUCGUUUAUUUAAAGAAAUUUUUAUUCGUUGAUAUUGCGCUUUGUUUCUUGAUUAAAUGCAUUCAUAAUUAAAUAAAUAUCAAACAAGAAGUUUGCUUUCAAUACACAAAAAAAAGUUAUAAAUCAAUAUAUUUGAAAACAACUUCCUUUUUCGAUCAUAAACUAUGAAAGCUUACUUUAAUUAAUAUAGUAGAACACUGCGCUGUGCUUUUGCGUGUGAAAGAAGUACAUACAAUGACUAUAUGAAUGAACAAAGAAUUUAAUGAAGGUGGAUCAAAGCAUAACAACAGAUUAUUUUAUAUUGAAUGUCUUUCAAAAUUAUUUCCUUUGUACUAAUACAUAAUCAUAUCUGGAAACCAUAUGAUCAUUUACUUAAUAUUUAAAUAAAUGUCUUAUGUAUGUUAACACUUUGAUAAUCAUGUAUUUUAUGGCAUCAAUGACUUUUUAUAUUGCAAAAGAAAUUACUGAGAAACUUAUACUUGGAGUUUCUAUUACAAAUUCUUAAAUUGUAAGUAGUAUAUUAUAACAGUAAAUAUAAAUCACGUAAAUAAUAUGUUAUCAAAGUGUUAAGAAAUAAUUUGCUAUUCGCUUCUGAUCAUAAUACAUUUUGUUGUUUCAGUUUAUAAGCUAUUUGCUUGGCGACAUAGUCCUACCAACUAUUUGAUUCGCUUCCGUGAUAUGUCGCUAACAAUUACAGUAAAUUUCUUUGGUGAUCAUUCCUAUUUACACUGAUGUUUAUAAUAAUAACUUCUAAAAUGUAUCUAAUUUUACAAUGAUCUUCAGGAAUAACAUUUUUUUUUUUU